AUGGACCCCAACUGCUACUGCACCGCUGGUUGCUCCUGUGCCUGCGCUGGCUCCUGCAAGUGCAAAGUGUGCAGAUGCACAUCCUGCAAGAAGAGCUGCUGCUCCUGCUGCCCUGUGGGCUGUGCCAAGUGUGCCCAGGGCUGUGUCUGCAAAGAGGCCUCAGACAAGUGCAGCUGCUGUGCCUGAUGUCGGGAGACCUGAUCCCAGGUGGAGGUGGAGCAACAUGUAUAAACCUAGAUUUUAUUUUU